AUAAUUUACCAAGAAGGGGGGGAAAAAAACACACCACACUCAUAGCCUGAAAACCGGUUCUGUUACUUAAACGAAGAGCAAACGUUGCUGGAGGGGGUGAGAGACUUCAGAGAAUCUAGACCAAGGAGGUCCAGCCUGGAGCCCAAAUAACUCGGGCGGCGGGAGCGAGGAAAAAAGGUCUGUGAACCCGGGAAAGGCCAGCAAAGGCGCCACUUUGCCAGUUAAAAUCUGGCAAACGACUUACGGGCAAACCAAGCGCCAAACCUGAGGAAACCUUUGGAGGCGGCAAGCUCCCCGCCGUUGAAAAGGGCAGCACGAAGUGUCCCGGAGGGGCGCGGUUCAUUCUUUACACUUCGUGCAAAACGGACCGGGGGAGGGAAGAAAGAAGCGGGGGGGAGGAAAGAGAGAGAAAGAAAUCACACGUUGGCGGAAGAAGAGCACAUUCUCUACAACCCCGAAGGCACAGAAGUUUUCUCCUGCGGGCGCCGAAGCUCUUUCUCCUCGGCCACCUGGGCGCUUUUCCUCCUCGGGCGAAAGGGGGGGGGGCUCGCGUCCGUCCCGAAAGCGGAGGCUGCGGCCGAGGCUUGUGCGCGCUCCCGGGGAGGAGCCAGGCAUUUGUGGCCCGAGGGCCGAAGCGCGCGCUCUCCCCGGCAGCCGGUUUGCCUGGGGCAGGACUGCGCUGGAGAGCAGAGCGAAAAGACAGACUAUGAAGAGAAGCGACCGGCGGAGUUCAUCGUUGGCCUGCUGUCCCGAGUAAGCCGGUAGCUUCCUGGGUCUGCCUUCUUCAUUGCUUCCAGCUUGCUUAGAAGCAGUAAUGGCAACAGAAUGCAUUAAGAAUUGUUGUAGAGGAUGUUUAUAUGCUAACAAAGAAAAACAUAAUGCCUCUCUGGAGAAACAGUCUACAGUUACUGACAAGUAUACAUCAAAAGUAGUGGAGAAACCUCCUUUGUCUUCUGUAUCCAUGAAAAAGCAGGUUGGCUGUUCAGAAGAUUAUCUUCUCUCUAAGUUCCCACCAGGUGGCAAAGAAAUACCCUUUGUAGUUCCUCAGUUCAAACUUGCUUACAUCCAACCUCGGAACCUUAGUAAUCCACACCUUGGGGGACUUCAAGGUUCAGUUGUAACGUCUUUCAGUGAUCGGAAAGCAGAACUUUCCAAUAUAUACCAUCAAAGACCUCCUGCUGAUGUGGUGUAUAACCCAUUCUAUAUGCAACUGCCACCUCUUUCUCCAGAUUUCAGUCAAGACCUCACAGAAAAAAUGGUGAACAAGAGAUUAUAUGGGUCAGUUUGUGAUUUAAGAAGGAGCACGUUGCCCUGCUCUUCCUCUUUAAGUCAUUCUAUGUUUGAUCUUACAAGCCCACCACAGCACUUUCUUCAGAGGUAUGAUUCUGCCUCCAGUGUACCAAGCAGCAUCUCCUCCAGAAAGAAUUCACAAGAUACAAUUACAUUAUCAGGUGACGAAAGAGAAUUUGGCAGGCUGAACGUGAAGGUGUGCUACCUUUUUUCUGUAGAACAGAUAUGGAUCACCAUCUUGAAAUGCAAAGAUUUGAACUGGUCAUCUACUUGUGAAGAACAUCCUCAAAUAUCCAUCAAAGGAAUCCUCACCCUACACAAACCAGUGCAGUUCAGAUGUUUAGCAAAAGAAGCUUCCAAUGACAUUGAGUUCAUGGAAACCUUUGUGUUUGCUAUUAAACUGCAACUUCUCCAGACUGCAAGACUUGUGUUCAAAGUACAAUCCCUAAUUCCCAGGAGAAAAACUAUAGGAGAAUGUAUUUUGCCCCUGCGAGACCUCAGUUCACAGGAAGUGGAUUAUUGGCUGAUGAUAACACCUCCUUCCAAAGCUUUAGUGUGUUCUGCAGAAUUGAAAAUAGGCACCUGUUUUCAAGCAGUAAACAGCCGGAUCCAGUUGCAAAUCCUAGAAGCUCAGAACCUUCCAAGUUCAUCCACACCAUUGUCUUCAAAUUUUUUUGUAAAGAUUGUGAUGCUCAGCACUGAAGGAUUGGUUGAUAAGAAAAAAACUCGUUUGCUGAAAUCUACUAACAGUCAAGUAAAAUGGGGAGAAACCCUGAUGUUCCCUGUGAGCCAGAAUGAACAUGGAAUAAACUUUCUCAUCAAACUCUAUAGUAGGAGCUCAGUGAGAAGAAAACAUUUCCUGGGACAGGUUUGCUUAAGCAGUGACAGCAACAGUGCAGAAGCUGCUGAUCAAUGGAGGGACACAAUUGCUAAUCCAGAGAAGGUUGUGAUUAAAUGGCAUAACAUUAUUCCAGCGUGAUACUGCUUUGAACAGCUCUUUGGGUUCUGAUUUGGACUUGAGCCCUGAGGCUUUUGCACUUAUUUAAAAUGAUCAGCCAUCAGAUAACAAAGAGACAGUAAAGAAAUAUCUAUAUGGAUGCGUACAAUAUCGUCUCUGCACAAGAAAAUCACAGAGGAAGCAACAGAGUUUAAAAAGGAAGCACAAGUUGGAAAACCUAGCAAAGUACAUGAAAAGCCACAGUGAAAAAUUAGUGGCUUGAUUUAUUAAUUGAUUGUUGAUCUAUAAGGCUUACAUGUGAAACAUUUUAAUAUUUAUAUUCUAAAACAAAAAUUAAUUUAAAAACUUUGUAUAGAUUUUAGUGAAAAAUACCAUAGAAGGACUAGCCUUCGAGAAGAUUUUGUAUUAGUGGACAACCAUGUUCCAACUAUUGUUUUGCUUCUAAAAGUAUUCUGUGGACACUUUAUUAUUUCUACCAACAUGUUGAACAAGUGAGCAAGAUAGGCAGGGGAGGUAGAACUAAUACUUUACCAUUUAAAUUCUUGAAAUAAACAUUUUAAGAUAAUUUUUGAGAAUAGUCGUUGUGUUGGAUAGUAAAUUUGAGAAGCGGGCAGGGAAAUAACAAUUCUUUUGUUAAUCAGUUCAAUUUUACAGUUCUUCAGCAUAAAAUUUGCUUUAUUGUUUUGAACAGAGAGAUAGAUUAAUAAGAAGUAUUCCAAUGAUGAAAUUCAGUAGAAUCUGAUCUCAGACUUAGAACUAACAGGGCCCCAGUAUUCUAUGUUUUAGGAAAACUGAAUUCACCAGUCCUUAUAAAAUGAAAGAAACAAAACAAAAUAUGCAAUCAUCAUUCUAACCAAUUAUUUUGAAAAAUAAGCACUUUCCCACCCUUCAGUAUUUUAAGAUAACAUAUAAAGUGAUAAAGGCUAAUAGAGCUUGUAUGCCAAACAAGUCCAUGGAUAACUAAAUUGGCACCACUUAUAUAGAUUUGUAGAGUCCCCAGAUUCUCCAGUCUGAACCAUGUGAGACCAAUGGCCAUAAUCAAGCAAUAAUUUCUAGAGAUAAAACCUUUUUAAGGCACAAGGAUCUGCAUUUACUGCACACAAUUCAGUGUCUUGACAACGGAGAUAUUUGGCAAAAAGAUUGGUAGUUGAAAUAGGCACUGUGCAGCAGAUAAGCCAUUGGGGAAAAUGGAUCAGUAACAUCUGAAAAACCUUCAUGGGGAUUUGAAAUGCAGCAUGAUUUAACUUGAAUGCCUUCGUUGCCUCUUUCAUUAGAUUAUCAGUUCACACUGAGCUUUAAAUAAAUAGGAUUCAGUUUGCCUCAAAGCUGUUGCCAUAUGAACCUGGAAGGGCACGUUUAACAUCAACCCUCAUGCUGUUGUGAUCUCAGGAGUAUUUGUCAGAUGAAGCUCCCAAGAAGGACAUGGAACAAUUCAGCCAGAGUUCAGUUCUUUAUUUGCUUUCACAUAGCAGACAGAUUCUUGCCAGACUAAACCCUUACUAGCCCCAGCCUUAUGGAUGCACCCUGAGAGAUUCUAAGGAGUGGUUAUCCUUACUUUCUUCCUCUGUCUCCUCUCCAGCACUGAGGUGUGCUGCCUCUUGUCUUCCUUCUCUUUCUGGAAUAUGCUCUCUCCUUCGUGGGAGACAGUCACUUCCCCCUCUGUGGAAACCAUCUCUCACAAUACCAUUCCUAUUUCUCAUAACAUGGGAAGUACACAGGAUACUUAUAUGCAAUGAUCAGAAAUGAAACCAUACAUAAUUCCAGUAAAUGAAUAUUUUAAAAAAUAAUUAAACUUCAGAAAUUCUAUUUCUGCAGCCUCUGCUGAAAACGUUAGGAAUUGCUACAAGCAGUGUUACACUACUUUAAAAUGUACUGGUUUCAAAAAUGACAAGGCUCGAAUCUGAAUUCUGUUUCAGUCAGACUUGGCUGAUGUUGGUGAUGUAUGAAACAUAAUGACUUAUGAAUCAGAAAGUAUAGUUGUAGAGUGAUUAGCUGGAAGAAUCCAGAUUUUUAUGA